CCUACAUCCUUUCGAUUUUCCUUCUUGCCUUGCUCUUGUGCUUCCGAGUCCUGUAUAUCACAGCUGGCACUCUCUCUCACUCUCCUCUCUUUGCUCGUGUGUUGCCGGCUUUUAGUGUUUCCGCUGCUUGGGUGACAUCACCGCCCCUCCUGAUUUCAUCUUUUUGACUUUAUCCAACCAUGCUGUCUGCAGACCGGAACCCCCGAUCACCAUCUCUUCGCUUCCCUUUCCAUACUGCCAGCAACCCGUCCACUCUCCCCAGUGUCAAGAUGCAGGUGGACUCGGACCAGGUCGAGCACAUCUGGAUCGUCACAGGUCCUGCUGGGUGUGGCAAGACCACCGUCGCAUCCUUCCUCGCUGAGCAACUAGACGUACCAUAUAUCGAAGGUGAUGAUUUCCAUCCAUUAGCCAAUAAACAAAAAAUGAGCUCUGGUCAACCGCUGACCGAUGCCGAUCGUUGGGAUUGGCUGAUCACAUUGAGGGAGCAAGCCGUUCAAAAGUUGCGCACGAAGAAUUCCGUCAUUGUGACGUGCUCUGCGCUCAAGCAUAAAUACCGCGAUGUGAUCCGAGUCGCCAACUAUGAACAUCCUUCGGUUCAAAUUCACUUCAUCUACCUCAAGUUGGAUGAAGCGACUCUCCAACAGAGAGUGAAAGAGCGUCAAGGUCAUUACAUGAAAGAAAGUAUGGUUCAUAGCCAGAUGACCACGCUAGAAGAGCCUGAAGAAGAUCAGGAGUGGGAUGUCCUCCGUGUCGACGUGAGACAAGAUAAAGAAUCAGUCAUGCACAGUGCUCUGGACAAGGUUCGACAAAAGCUAAGCGAAUAUUCUAGUGUUUCGGGCCUCACAAAUGGUGCAAGCGGCGUCAACGGAGGCAAUGUAGUCAAUGGCCACAGCUAGUCAGGCCUGACUUUCUUUAUUGGAUCAGGAGUCUUCCGGUGACCCUUCGAUAUUGAGCAAUGGCGUUGGGGAGGUUAAAGUCCACCUACGUAUUUAUUUCCCGAGGGAUGGGACAAGGUGUCGGGCAUACUGUUUGAAAGGAUGAAUGUACAACUAUGGGACUAUGUUGACUCCGCUUGUCGGUCAUGCCAGAUGCAGAAAGAGGCGUGUUUACGUGGAAUCGCGAGCCGGCGUCGGCGUCGGUGCGAUGCGCUAUGUCGAGUCACGUUCGGAUGUAUCAGGCUGCAAAAGCUCACACUUUUAUCUGAAUCAAUUUUCUUAAACAGCUGGAUCUGAGAUAUACGAGUUACCUCACGGGAGGACAUUUCGGUCGUUCGUCUCCACUAUACAAUCUGCACUUUUCAAGCCUCG